GCGCCGGCAGCGCCCGCUCCUCCCGCCCCGCUCCGCUAAGCUCCGCUCCGCUCCCCCCGCCGCGGCGGGGCCGGGCCGCGCAGCACACCCCAGCACAUCCCGGCCCGAUCCGCUGCUCUCCGCUGGCUGGGGACUCCGCAUCCUCCCCGCUCGGCGCGCCGGCAUCCCUCAGCCUCGGUUACCGGGAGAGGCACCGCUUCUAGGGCCGGGCAGCCCUGGCACAGCAGGGGGACGAGGCGCACGAUGCUACCGCUGACCUGUUGAAAGCGCCGAGCUUGUUGGGUCUUCUUUUGUCUUGGCCGUCUUAUUUUUUUUUCCUUCUGGGGGAAGUUUGCUCCCCAGCCUGUGGCCCGGCUUCCUCCACACCCUUUCCUGCUCCUCUUCCUCCUCGUUUCCAGGAUCCGCUGCGUGCAGUGAUUUCCCUCGUACGCCGCAGCCGCCGGGAGCGCUGGCCCUGGGGCACCCCCGCCCUCGCGCCGGACCUGCCCGCCGGCUCCGGGCUCGCCCUCCCCUCGGCGCAGCGGCGGGGCGGCCCCGGGAGGGCUGUGCCCCUCGGCGGAGGGGAAUCCCCGGGCUGCCGGGCCGCCACCAUGGCCAAAGUGGCGGCGGAAAGUUGCGGAGCGGCGCCGGCCGAGGACUUGUCCAAGGUGUCGGACGAGGAGCUGCUCAAGUGGAGCAAGGAGGAGCUGAUCCGCAGCCUCCGCCGCGCCGAGGCCGAGAAGAUGAGCGCGAUGCUGGACCACAGCAACCUGAUCCGCGAGGUGAACCGCCGGCUCCAGCUGCACCUCGGCGAGAUCCGCGGCCUGAAGGAUAUCAAUCAGAAGCUGCAAGAGGAUAACCAAGAACUGCGAGACCUUUGCUGCUUCCUGGAUGACGACAGGCAGAAAGGCAAGAAGGUGUCCCGCGAAUGGCAGAGGCUGGGCAGGUACAGCGCCAGCGUCAUGCACAAAGAGGUGGCCUUGUACUUACAGAAGCUGAAAGAACUGGAAGUGAGACAAGAAGAAGUGGUUAAAGAAAACCUGGAGCUGAAAGAGUUGUGUGUGUUGCUGGAUGAGGAGAAAAGCGGCGGAGCAGGCAGCCGGAGCUCUAUCGACAGCCAGAUCAGCCUGUGCCAGUUAACCACAGCAAGUACCUACAUCAGAGAUGUCGGUGACGGGAGCAGCACUUCUAGCACGGGAAGUACAGACAGUCCAGACCAUCAUAAACAUCACCCAAGUACUAGUCCAGAACACCUUCAAAAAACUCGGGGUGAAGGAAGUCCUGAGCAUCAGAAACACCGGAGUGUCAGCCCAGAGCACCUGCAGAAGCCCAGGAGUUCUGGCAGUCCUGAUCAUCACCUGAAAGGACCAAGUCCGGAACAUCACAAAACCAUCGUCAAAGCACCUGAACAACAAAAGCACAGCAGCAGCAGCCCAGAAACUCUCCCAAAGCACAUUUUGAGUAGUAGCCCUGAACACUUUCCAAAGCAGAGGCCUGGUAGUAGCCCUGAGCAUCAAAAGCACAGCGGUGGCAGCCCAGAUCAUCUUCAAAAGCACACGUCGAGUGGCAGUACAGAACAUCUCCACAAAGUGAGGGGUACGAGCCCUGAGCAUCUCAAACAACACUAUGGAGGAAGCCCAGAGCAUCUCAAACAUCUCAGUGGAAGCAGCAGAGAAGGUACCCUCAGGAGACAAGUAACGGAUGACCUGUCACCUCACCACAGAAGUAUAUACAACGGAAUGAAUGAGCAUACUGAGUUGUAUUCAGGCUGGCGACAAUGAAUUGCUGGGUUGCCUGACAGCAGAGAAGCGACUGAGACCAUCUUGCAAGCUUGGAUCUCAGAUUUGUCCUCUCAAGUCCCUCCACUGUCGUGGCAUCGUCAAGAACGAGUUGGAUACUGUGACCUCCUGGGAUUGAUAACCCUGCUGCAAUUACAUCCACUCGUCCACCCAUGGAAUACCAAAAAGAUACUUGGGGAAGGCCAAAAAGAUGUAGCACAAAGAAUUUGCUUGACCCUCUUCCGUGAUAACUCUACAACAAUCCAAAUUAAAUAAAUUGUUUUGUACUUAAAUGACAAGUCAAUGCUUCUCAGUUGCCACCUGGAAAUGUGAGCGGCAGGCACUGAAGCUGAGAGUCAGUUUCCUGGGCAACAUAUUCUGUUCCACCUCUGUUGCUUGAUGGUGGUUUUAUUUUAUUAUUUUUAACUAAGAAAAUUGACAGAGUCGAAUCUGAUAUCAGUUUGAAAAAUGAAUAUUUGAAGGAUUAGUGAAGAAUGUUUGAAUGAGAAAUCAUUUCUGUUUGCUUUGAGAGCAAAACAUCUGUUGGUUUUAUCAAUAUGAAAAGAUCUGUACUUCAAUUGUAGCGAACCUUGGCUCUGUCUGCCGCGUGUUUGGUAGAGGUGCACUUAGCAGAUGUAUUUUUCAGUUAAUUGAUGUUAGAUAUCAAUCCUAUGUGUCGCUUAGACCUAGUGAGAGAUUUUUAGAUACUCAUUGGCUCUGUUACAGGAGAAACAGGGUCUUGACUGUGAAGAUGCAGUCCAGUCACACUUGCUUUCAAAUUUAACAUUUUAAAUUAAGUGCUUUUAAAACCUCCAAAAUGUUGUUAGAUUUUAAUUGAUUUGUUCUUGUGAUGCUGCUCAGAAAUCAUGAUGAAUAGCAAGCAAGAGCCUUUUGAAGCUAAUGGGAAAGGGUCUGUAGUGGAAGAUUUUCACUGCCCAGAGUGAGAAGGAUCCAGAUAAUGUUUUUGUUCUGUUUAGUAGGAAAUGCUGUUUCCCAGGGAACCAGGAGCAUCUUGAUUCCAGCCCCUGAGCCUCACUGCGUCUGUGUUUUUCCCCGUCAGUGCAGUUUUCAGGUGCCUCUGGAGUGUGAAUAGUUGUGCUGGGUAGAUGAUGAAUACGCCAGCCCGUGGGUUUACUCGCCUGGUGAGCAGGGCUGUCAAUACGAUGCUUACUCAGGAUUAAAUGUGUCCUAUUCUAGCUGGUGAAACACAGUGAGAGAGGUUCUUCGAGAGAGAGUUUCUUCCCUGCUCCAAAGCCUGAGUGUGUCUGUGGAAUGGUUAAAUUUUGCUGAGUUUGUGAACAUCUGUCACAGGGAAAGACUGAAAAUCUCUAACAUGUUGGUCAUCAGACUAAUGACAUUCAUGCACCUUCUGGGAAUUGCCGUUGCAGCAUGUCUGUUCUUGCCAGGCCAGCCUGCUGCCCCAAACCCUUCUGCUCCGGUUCGUGCUGUGUGCGCUUGUUUCAGCGAGUCCUGGGAGCUUCUGAAGGGUCCAGAGCAACACUGUGACCUGGGAGUGGGGACUGUGCUCCCGGCCGAGGAGGGGAGGACACGGCUGUUCUUUGCUCACUUGCUUGCUGUCAAAAGCCAUUAGAAAGUCCCCUCCUUGCUUUUCUAACAGCUUUUUACUUAGAUAAGUCUGUUUGGAGUGUGGUGUAAAAAUUGGGGCUGAGGUUACGUGCCUAGAAAACACCUUUAUGAACAAUUAGCUUCAUACAAACAUUGUCAAUGUGUUUCCUUUCAAAAUGAACUUUUGAAGCAGUGUUUCCUUCCUUCCUGGAUUUCCUGAAUUAUGCUAACCAAACCAAUGAGGAGCAAAGCUCAUUUUAAUUACAUUUUGUGUGUGUGUGUGCAGCAGGUGUGCUACAAGUUGUUAAUGUACCUUUUGCAUUUACAGGGGUGCUUAAAGGUGUCUUUGCAUGUAGAGGAAGUGAUUUACAAUGAGUCCAGAUUUUGAGUAAACAUGAAGUGGCCGUGACGGCUUUAGCAGAGGAAGCUACGUUUUGCUAUCUUGUUUCCUGUGGCCUGUUUUUAAUCUUGCAGGCUAGUUGUGUAACUGUCAUUAUCUUUAUUUGGGAAAUUGAGAUGCUGAUAGGAAUUGGAGGCACGGUCUAGCUGUCAGCUGGGGAUUUCACUUUGCUAACUGGUACGACCAAAAGGAGCAUUCAUCUUUCAUCCAAAGAAAAUCUGAAAAUGAAAGCUCUUAUAUGCUAAAAAAAUGAGAAUACAAUACUUUGGCAGGAUGGUCAUUUAGCCUUGGUAUUAAUUGCUAGUGUGGGGCGGUGUGAAUGUGCCGGGGUGAGGGGAAGCGGUGCUGGGCACAUCUGCAUCUCCAUGGCGAGUCCCAGCCUCAACAUCUGUGUCACUUGGCAGAUGUGGAAGACGAGAACUUGGUGAACUGGUGUAUUUGGAGAUUUUUUGGCAGGAUGCGGGUAGGUGGUUCUGCUGUCUGUCAAACACUGCGGUCGGCAAUGCUGAUUUCAGGUCACGUGAAGCAGCGGCUGCGUUUGAGGGCAGACUGGGCACAGGUUCUGCUGUCUGCCAAAAGAUGGAGCUUUCCUGUACAAAGUCACGGGAGAAGAGUCAUUUCUAAAAACAUUUAUGAAUGGCACCGAUCAGAUUUAAAGCUCCAUAGUAAUGUACGCUCCGUGGGGAGCCAGGCUUUGAUGUUCCGCAGUGACAGCCCCAACAUUUCCAGUGCGUGAUGUGUGAUGACAGGACUGCAGUAACAAUUCUUGUUACAAGUGGCAAGUGACUGCGAUUCCAGCAGCCCUGCCAUGCUGAGCAGGGGGUUUAAUGGCAUUUCUUACCAUGACAUGUGGGCUGAGUGCAGUGUAAUGUUUUGAACCUGUGCAGAGAUUCAAGAGACGUUGGCAUUGUUACUAUUUUAAUCUUAGUAGAGCAAACACCAGGUUGUGCGUCCUGGGCAUGAUUUAGCAACCUGUUAGUCUUUUAAUUAUCUCCUUCCUAAUUAGAUUGGUCCGAUUAUUUGCUACUUGAAAUAAGUGCAUAUUUUUAAGUUCUCAGGGCAGUAGCUCUUGGGAAAAAAAAAAUCAUUGCUUUUCAUUUUAUAGGCAUUUUGUCUUUCAUGCUGAAGUAUGGGAACAUAUGGUGCUGCUUCUGAUGUAGCACUUGUCUAAAUAUCUUUGCUUGUAAAAUUUUCUGCAGAGCCAUAUAAUUUUCUCCUGUAAAAACAUUCCUAAUAUAUUUAACCAAUUUUAUAACUACAGGAUGGGAUUAUCACAGUUUUAUCAUUGUAAACUUUUACUGGAUGUAGGUCAAGAAAUUAAACUGUGAACCCUGAAUAAGGAAAAUGAAGAGUAAAUAGAAAUACAAGUGUUGCUAUAAUCUGUUACUGUCUGGAGGGCAGGAAAUUAGACCUCUCUGCAAUAAAUUAAUGUGCUGAAGGUGUGUGAGCCAUCCUUACUGUGCACCAGGCUGCACUGAAUGCUGCAACAGAGCAAUUUCGUGAGUAGCACUCGAGCUGUUCUGUCCUGAGCAGUGAUUCUAUAUCUGGAGAUUGGAACCAUUUUUUGCCUGGUUCCUUUUGCCAUCACUUUGGUGACAGCUAAAGGCCAGCAGUGUUUGCUUGCUAACGAGAUAAUGGUAGUGAUGACUGUUCUCUGAUAAUGCAAAGUCACAGUUUCUGUGAAUGUGAUUUUGCUGUGCUUUGGAGCUUUUUCCUCUUAAGGAAUUGCAUGAAGUAUUUAACUGCUUUUUAGGAACAUAGAACUAGAUGGGGAAGAGUUACGGGUGAUGGUGGUUGAGGUUGUGGAGAGAGAAGUGCAGGAUUGUGCGGCCUUUGGAUGAGCUUUGGCUGUGCCGCCGUUACCCCUGUCAUCACUUUUAGGCGAGGUUUAAGUCAAUGGAAAGACUUGUGUUUACUCCUCUUUUUGAACAGUUGGCCUGUGAACAGCCGUGUGAAAAAAUACAUCCAAGCCAGGCUUAACUAGCAGGAUGGAGUGAAAGGACAGGCGAACAGAAAUUUGUGGUAGCUGCAAAGCUUUGGAACUCCACAUAGAUGAAAAAGGUCUUUCUAAAUUUAUCGGAGACUUUUCUUUUGAAAAUUGCAUUUUUCUUAAUAUCUCAGAUUAAAAAAAAGCCCAGUGACUUGCCUGGGGUUUGCUUCGGUAGCUGCUGACUGCCGGUGUGAUGAGCAUUUUGGAUCCCAGUGCUGUGACCCCACGUUCACAGUAAAAGAUGUUGAAGCAAUAAGCACCAGAAUCUUGAGGGUAAAUUGUCAGAACUCUGCAGAUUUGUUGAAUGCAUCUUAACGUUAGAAGUUCUGAUCCUUAAGUAUCUUGAAUGAAAAGAACGUAAUAUGUUUUUUCAGUCACCCACUUUGCUGAAGAUGUGGAAAAGAAGAUAAAUCCAUAUACAAGUAUAUCCUAUGUUAGUUUUUGUACAUACACAGGAGAGAGAUUCAAAGUAGAAUCCAGAAAACACUGAACUAGGGUUGUUGGGCUGUUUUCUUACCAAACAGCGGAGUCCUUGAGUGGGAAGAAGAAUGACGAUUGCCAGGAGCAACAAGUGACCUGGCAGCACUUGGGGUGCUAUAGGUCAGCAGAUAACACGCGUAGUUCCCAAGUGCUGUUCCAGCAUGUUCAACCCCAUUUUGAUUUUUAAGAAAGAUGGAAUGUCAGAAGAGAGGAAAUUUAUCUUACUGCAAAUAACUGGUCACACAAGAAUUCUUUUUUGAUUCCGUUUUCAUGGGAACGUAUGUUUCACACUCGAUAGUCAACUCUUUCCCUAAGUCUUUGCUUCCCACAGUAGUUGACAUGUGAAAAAUCAGUCUGUGUGUGGUGAAGGAAACCGGUGGAGGAGCCCACAUGUAAUAAAUCCUUUAAACUGUAAGCAUAGGAGAAAACUCCUUAUCCUCCAAAAAGAAUGGCUUGGAAACCAUGGGGAGAAGGGACAGAGGGAUUUGGAAAACGUUGCAUCACUUUAAUUUCAUUUUUGGUGGGAAGAAGUGAAUCUGAAUGAGAAAUUGAUCACACACUGUUUGAUUGUGUUGUAGAAAUAUUGUCAUUGAUUUCUAGAGGAAUGAGAUAUAGUCACAUUAUUUGCCUGUGAUUCUGAGCUUUUCUGUUGGUAGAGAUUAAUUUGCUGACACUCAAAAUACCCCAAACCAAACUAAAAAAUGAAUAAAAAAAAUCUACUUGACUGCAUGGAGACUAAAUAAACUUUUUAGUCUUCAAGAUGAUUGUUAUGCCAGAGCCAUGGGGGCUGAGGAGGGAUUUUCCUUGAACUUUUAGUCCUCAGACUAACUGUGUACUUGCUGAGUAGUUCCACAGUUGAAAUGGUUAAUCACUCUCUAUAAAUCACAUAGAUACGUGAAGCUGCGACUUUCUCAUUUUGUUUGGGCUCUGAGGAAUAUAACGUGAAAAGCUGUUCAGGCUCUACCAGCUGGCUGGAAGCUGCAGGCACUUGAAUGGGAUACAGCUACAUUUACCGUGAUCAAGUGCUGCUUCAUGCAUGAAAUAAAUGCUGUGGUCCUGUACGGGUGAUUGAUGAUCUGUUACCUUUAGAACUGUAUGAGUAACAUGCAGAAUUAAUUUUCAGUGGGUUAUUCACGUUACCACUUGUUUGUACCCCCUGGAAUCUCGUAUGAUUGAUAAACAUCAUUUAAAAACAAACUCAAAAUAAAAUAUGAGAGAUUUUAAAAGUGUGCUUUUCACAACAAUAGCCCCCAUUUUGACGUGAGAUGCUUUGCAAACCUAAUCUAGCAGCAGUUUAUGCUGCAAAAGAUGUUUAUAGCUCACUUUAUUCUGGUUCAUUAUCAAAUUACUGGUCUUAUUCUUUAAGGCUCCCAGGGGAUUGACUUAAGCUGAAGUGUAUAGAUCAUCCCUCUCCGCGUGGUCCCUUGUUACCCUCAGUGGUUUUGGGCUGAUCUCAGCAGGCAGGGCUCAGUGUGGAACUGCCCACAGCAGCACCUGCUCAAACAGGGUGAUUUGCAGCUCCAGCUUAUGUACCUGGAUCCACCCUUGAACUUCUGGGGAGAAGAACCUGUUUAGGCCUGGGAUUAGCAAAAACUAGAAAACUGAGAGGAGAAUCCAACCAGCAGGAGGUGGAGAGAGGGAAGGUAUGUGAGAGGCAGGCUGUCUGAAAGGAAAUUAUGAGCUGUGUGUGGUGAUAGGGCAAAUAUCCACAGAUGUGGAGUUUGGGGAUUUCUUUCUUCUUGUGCAAUUCAGACUUGGGUUUGACUCUGCCGUGGGCAUCUGAAAAUACCUGGUGCUGCUUGCUGAGUUUGUUCCUUCCACUCUGAGCUGAUAACUGUAUACAGCUAACCUGUCUGAAGGUCUCGUUUUGCAUGUACAGAAGGAGCUGACGAUGGGUGUCGGACCCUUUGGUGAGCAGCACGUGUCAGAGUCCUGCAGCUCAGCUGCACAUCUGCUGGUGGAAACAUCAGCGUCGACGGUGCUCCACAGAUCCGUGGAGUUAGGCAGUGUGGGAUAUAUACUCUGACAGCCUCAGUAGCACCAAAAUGUUGGACUUAAGUGAAACUUUGUGGUUUUGGUCCUUGCCCUACAGAGAUCAGGUGAGCUGAUGACUUUGCUUUGUUCAGAGGUUGUUUUUGUAAUUCUUCUUUGUACACAGGCUCUUGUGCAGUUCCAGAGCAACAGAAAAGCUCAGCAGUGUCUCAGCUAACAAAAGCAAACACUCUCUGUUUCAUGUGAUUCUUGAUUUAUUUAAAAUAAAAGCAGUUGUGCGGUUGGAAGCAAGGCUGUUCUCAGCAUUUGUAAGCUGAGCAGGGUCACUCUGGGUCGUUACCUGGAUUUUUAACCUCUGGAAAGAACAAAGGUGUCAGGGCUGUAAAAAACAUCAUCUUUUGAGUCAGUCAUAAAUACUGUGAGGGUAAAGGGUGACAUACUAAGCUGAUAUUCUUUCUACUUAUUUGAAGUCCCACAGACUAAGAGUUUUAAAGUUUUUCCAGGGCUCUCUGCAAACGUUGGUGGUGGGAUGUUUUAUCUUCCAUACUUACGACUGGCUUGACUGUCUGAUGAACAACUGGAGAUAUGAAGGAGACAGCUUCCUUAAAGGGCUGUUGGCAUCUCAGUCUUCACCCUUGGGAAAACAAUGAAAACAGUGAGUGAGUGUUGAUGUUGCAGUAGAUGGGUUUGUUUGCAAGGACCAAGCUUUAUGCUCAGUGUAGUCAUAAAACAAUGAUUUCAAAUUAUUGACUUCUGGAAUGUGAAGUCAUCAAACUUCUGUUAUGGAAAAAUCUUUUAAUAUUAGAAAAGUGCAUUCUACGUGCUCUUCCCCUGGUAUAUAAACUUCUCACGUUUCCUAUAGGUGUUGUGCCUGAGCAUGUGCUCAGUGCAUGAACUCUUUCAGAGCCACUCAGCCUUGGCUUUGAUCUCAAUGGUACAACAUGUUUGACUGUUGUCUUUUUGCAAGUACUGCUUCCGUUGUUGUUGCCAUUAUUAUUAUUAUGGGAAAUUUUGCAUAAUUCUGAAUCUCAUCCUACAUUUAAAAUAUCUUAUGGUUGCUAAAAGAAGAGAUGCUAAAAUGUGUCACUAUCCUUUAGACAGGAUCUUGUGAUCACUCCAUCAAAGUCUAGGUGGGUGAUGGUCCAACUAGCUCUCUUUCUCUGCAAGUCUUGGAUGUGACAGAUGGAACAGAUGGGGGUUCAUUUCUGUAGAAGACAAGGAAGCUGCGGUGUGUUCCAGUGCUGGUAAAAGUGUACCUUUGCACAUUUUAGCAAAACAAAAAGGUUCUGCAGGCCACGUGGGUAGAAAAAGGGGUAAAAAAGCCUUUGGUCGAGAACAGCAUAUGCAUAACAUUUUUGUAUUUUGGAAUAUAAAUAAUUAUUAGAAGUAAAAUUUCUAAAAAUCUGUAAGUGUUGUCAUACAGCAAGGAAUGAGAAAAUCUUGAAAUGGGAUAAAACUUUGGUAUAGACAACAAUGAAGGACUAAUAGUUUUGGUUUAGUGGGUUUUUGUUUGUUUGUGGUUUUUUCUGUGUGCUUUUCCCCUCUUCCCCCUAGUUUUGCAAAUUCUUUUCCUUAGAGGAACCAAACCAAAAUCCAAUCCCAGAGCUGCCGUUUCCCAGGUAGGCAGCAUCAGCAGGAAUCAGAAAAGCCUCUGAAGGGCAGAUGGGUGGUAAAGAAGUGCAAGGUAUGGUUUGUAGGCAGUAUUCCUCACACACAGCAUGAUGAGUGGUUACAACAAUGAGCAGAUUUGGUGUCAAGAUUUGAAGAUAGCCUGGAAAAGGGGAGAAAACUGGGAAUCAUUGGCAUAUGCUGAAGGGAACAUUUGUCUAGAUAGAAAAAAUAAAUAGUAGCUGUUUCAAAGGUAAACAGAGAUUGCAGAACAGCAGAAUCUGCUGGUUGAAAUUCAUAUCAGGGCUGCUUUGAGUUAUUCUGAACGUGCAGGACCUGGAACCACGUCCUGUUUCAGAGUGUCCAAGAUGAGCGUUCUCUUCAAAAGCGCAGUUCUCCUGCGGAGAUUGCUCGGGGAGAGACGUUCAAUCACAGCAACGCGGUAAUUGCUGCAGUGUCAGAUGCUGGAUGCCACAGUUUGAUACUAAGCGCUGGUGAUGUUCUGGAUGUCGUGUCAGAAGGGAUAGAUCAGAAGGAAAGUGUCCGGGAAUAUGUUGCAGUGCAAGUAGUCUUGGUGCUGACACUAUUUUUAGGAUCUUUUCACUUGCCUAGGCAGUAUCUUGAUGAAAUCGAGUAAGACUGAACAUGUUUAAGGCUUUGGAGUGGAAAGGGAAUAAUGAUGAUGUUUCUCUUGAGGCCAGUUCUUAUCUCACAGCCAUUUCUUCACUUCUUUCUCUCAUUACAGGAGCUGGUUUAAUCUAAUUUAGUAAUAGCUAGAAAACAGAGAUUUUUUUUGUUUGUUUGUUUACUUAUUUAUACAUCUUAAUAUAUCUUGCUGCUUUCACUUGCUUUCUCUUUUCUUCCCAAAAAAGUUUUAACAAAUGGAAAAACAUUAUGUAGCGAGGAGGGAAGAAAACAGUUGCUGCCUAAAGAGCUGUGAAGGUUGAAUUCUGGUUUCCUUUAGCAGUGGUAAGAGAAGGACCUUGUGACCAAGACCCCAUCCAACCAGCCCCUGUAGCCACAGGGAACGGGAACCAGUUUGGGUGGGUGAUGCAAAUCACCAAAUAAGUUUAAAAGUUUCAGGGAUGAGGUGUCAAGUCCUUAGCUAAUGUGAGGUGACACAGUGCAACAGAAUUUGGACCGAUGGGGGAAUUUGGCUUGUAUUUUCAGAUCUUCAAGCUAUUUCAGACAUUACAUCAAAUAAUGACAGCUCUUAUGAAAGCUGCAAAGAUUUGGAUAGUGGCCAUCACAGCGAUGCAUAAGACUUUCUUUUACAGCUUCCUUCCGUACCCUGGCUUAGUGUUUAAUAAAAUAAAAAGUCAAUUUUAACUGGUAAGCUCAGACAGUAUAUUGUGUGUAAUCCAUGAUGCAGAUUCACUAGAGCUGUGUCAUACACAGUAGGUCUGGUUGCAAGGUGGGGCAUUAUGGAUCUAUAACUUCCCUGUCACUGUAGCCAAAAGGGUAACGGUCUUAACCUCCAUCUGAAAACAGACCAGUGCUCUUUUUUUUUUUUUAAUGAAUCCCAUAUACAUAACAUGGAUCUUGCUCAGUUUCCAAUGCUUUACCUUUUCCCCCCCAACCCCUUAAUUCCAUUACUACGGCACGUGGUGUCCAUACUUGGCCCCAGACUGUUGCUUUUCUGUCUCCUCUAUUGAAGCCUGUGCAAAGAAAUAGUUUAGUGUGUGUCUCAGUCGUGCUGUAGUUUUGGACGCGCUCUCUUUAAUGAGCUGACAGUUCAAGCUGGGCCACGUGCCUGUUUUAUAGUCUAAUGCACAAGAAAGCCUGAUAGCAAAUCCAAAGGUGAUUGAUGUUGCAGCAGAACUUUAAAAAUAAGAUGAAUUAAACUGUGGAUAGAGUUUUCUGGGUUUGAGCAUUCUGCUUUGGGGUUCAAAGCUAAGCAAAUCAAGCUCCACACCGUAUUUCAUGGGUUCUUUUAUUUAUAAGUGAGCAGCUCAGCUGGGAUCUUUUUAGCCUGACUUGAAAUUCUAGCUUGAUGGUUUUCUGAUAAAUAGUCUGUCUCCUGGCCUUUUCUGAAGCUGUGGGAAGAAAUGCAAGCUGCAUGUAAAGUCACAAGAAGAAUGAGCUGUAUUUCAUUUUUACAGAGAUUUUUAUCAGCCGCUAUAUUUAUUGCGCUUAUACGUUAACACCAUUAAUUUUCAGUUUUGUUGCUUAAAGGUUUAAAACUAAGGCUUACUAAAAGAUGAUAGGUUUUUCAGUUUUUCCUGGGAAGGAUACAGGGAAAUUUCAGCUAAGAAGCAUCAGUACUGGGUUAAAAUAGAACAUCCAGCAUUUUGCAGCUAGUCGGCUAGGUGUGGUGCUUAUUUUAGAGCCUCUCAGCUGGUUUAUAUUUCAUCUUCACGGAGGUCUGGAUGGGAAGACCAGUUAUCUGUUGCCUUUGAAACGGGUGAGGCCGGGAUGCAGAUGCUGUUAAACAGCUAAACCAGUGCAGGAGCCACCAGGGAAAUCAAGACCUACAACUUCACCCAGAAAAUGUUUUUUGCUGUGGACAGAGAAUUGACUUGAGUGUGAAACUGCAGAAAGCUCUGGAUUUCAGCUGAGAAAUCCUGCUCCUCACCUGGCCGUGGCCAAAGCCUGCUGCCUGAAAAUUGGCUAUUUGUAGUGUAUGCACCCAUGCAGAAUUGUAUUUGGGACACUUCAGUACCAUAUUUAGCACUGUUACCUCUAGUGAAAACCUUACCUUUUUGCUUAUUAAUUUUUCUUAGCUUGCUGGAAGCUCGUGCCACAUGUCACUUCUUUCUGCCUCUGUGUCUGUGGGUUCUUCAACAAGAAUCAAAGGACUUUCAGGCAAGUGAUGAGAUUAAAUUGACACAGCAUAGGGCUGGAACUGGAAAUGUUAGACUAGCACUAUGCCUUCAAGUGCCCUUUUACCAAGCAAGAAAAACUGUCUUUAAAUAAAUGGUUGGGACAUGAGAAGAGAGUGACAUUUGAAAGAGAACAAAGGGAGCGUCUGCAGAAUUCACAACCAAGGUGUGAGUACAGGAAGAAAAUCCCUGUAAAGCAGCAGUUGAACUAAGAUUCUCCCCAGAGGAGAACUCAAAUAUUUGUCCUUCUGUCACUUUUUUGAGAAAAAUAUUCAAAUGUCCUUGGGAGUAAAACCACAUUGUGGAUAGUGUUUGUUUAAUAUGAGUCAUGCCUGGAAAUAUAAACUUACUCAAGAUGUGUUCUGUAGCAAAACAAACUUCUACAAGAUCAGCUUACCUGACUAGCCACUAGAAUGUGAUGUAAACCCAUCAUAUUGUAUCAACCCAAAUAUUUUUUAUUUUUUUAAAAAAAGAUAAGUGGAUAUCAGGGCUGUUUAGAGUCAUUAUAAUCAACUGGAACAAACUGUGUUCCACAAUAAUGACAUUUCAAGCUUGUGUUUACUGCUGUGUGGUUAGAACAGGGCGUGCUCCCCGCUCAGCGGGACACGUGAAGCUCCUCAGCCCUCAGCUGCUUACCAGUUUCCUUCAUUUUAUUUACCUUACAGUGAAUAAAUGUCAAUGAAAAGUUGAACUAAAAGGGACAAAGUACAUGAUUUUGACUUGUAGUUUCUUGGAGGGUACAGAAUUGGGUCAUGUGAAGGAUUUUGAGUUCUUGAAUAGAAACAAGUGAAAGUUUGGUGUUUCCUUUCAUUUGUCUUUUUGCUAGAAGUGUAAUGAAGCCUAGGAUGGACUGCAAUGUUAUUGCUCUCAGGCUGAUAAAGUCUGCAUGGAAAGUACUGUUCAAUUCUUUUAAAUUACAGAACUGCCAAAUGACAAACAAACUCAGUGGAACACAAGAAGUUCUUAUGAAUUUUAUCUCUUUCAUUUUACGACGCACAAUAUCCUGCCCUUUAUUAAACCAUCUAAGAUACGGAUGGUGCGAAUCAAGGAGAAGUCUGUUCCUGUACCCAGGGGCCUCCUCCAUCCCUCAUUUCUUUGACUUCUCGUUUUCACUGAAAUUAGUAUCUCUCAUGUAGAAAUGAUGUUAUGUACACACAUGAUACUGAUACAGAAGAGACUUGCAUUGGUAGGUGAAAUCUGCCUCUGCCCCUCUGCUGGAAAGAAGUUGUAGUUGAGAUUUUUAUGUGUAUAGAUUUCACAUUAUCUAUUCUUUGAAGACAUACACUUUUUAAUAUCUCUGCAGACGUUGUUAGCAAGCUGCGUGUCAAGUCGUAUGACCAGGGUAAAUGCAUGUGGCUGCAGGUAGAUGAGGUGGUGGCUUCUCUGGGGUCACAGUGCAAAGGCAGUUUGGCCCCUUUGCUGCCUCUUGAUAUGGUGAAAACCAUAUUUCUGUGGAGCAUGAGGGUUAUUUCCCGUUCUCUGCCUAUGAGCUCAUGUACAGGAGAUAAUCUGGUGUCAAGACUUCAGUACAGGAACGUGCAUGGGGCCCAUGAAAAGAUGAGCGGUGCUUUGGAAUAGAUUCUAGGUCACCAGGUUGAUUUUCUUUUAUUUUACUUCUUAAGAUAUAAAUUUAGAAACUCAUUAAAGCUUUGUCCUUACGGAUUAGACAUACUUAAAACACUACAGGAUUUUCUCUGCAGGAUAUGAUAGAAUUUGUUGACAAGAUUAAGGGCAGGCCAGUGGUGUCAGCCAGAGCCCACGGACACCAGUGAGGAGCUCCCCUGCAUGUUAUGGCCUUUGGGUCCAGCCUUCAGGGCUUUAUGGGCUUGGGGAAGAACUUAUUUUACUUCUUGGAUAAGUAAUAAUUCAUUGCUACUUCCUAACAGAAACCAUGGGCAUUGAUUUCCCAUAGAUUUAUCUGUGGUGGUUUACAAGACUAAUUUUUAUAAAUGGUUUCUGUUUGCAGAUGUAAGCAAUCUCUUACUGCAGUGUCUGUACAACUCCCAUUAAGCAAAUGGUGAUUAGCAGGUAAUUUCUUUAAGCUUAUUUUUGUUUAAGCUUUUUUUAAAAAUUCAAAUAAUGUAAAAUUGCAAAAUGGGAAAAAAAAUCCAUACAUAGUUCAGAGGGCUGAGAAAUCUUUGAGAAAAUUGGUUUAGAAAGCAUCUUAAAAGGAUGGACACAGCUCUACAGUUUUGACUAUGCAAUUCUAAAUAUAAUUCUAAAUCCUAUUAAUUCUAAAUACAAUUGCAUGAAGAGAAAAAGAUCGGGGAAAAAUAUAACUGCAUGGCAUAAAUGGGUCUCUUAAAUACGUAUAAAUUCUGCAUUGAACUUUCUUGCCCUGAAACCUUAUUUUUAGUGUUGCCUCAGGUAACAGCUCUCUCCUUAGCAGUUUCUUUUUAGAGUAACACCUUAGCUGAGGGAAUGUGAAAAUUAGAAUCGUGAAGUCCUAUUUCUGGAGGUUUAUAACUCAAACAUUGAAACGUUUGCUCUCAGGUGAAAUCGGGUGUGUGAGGUCUCCUGUGUCUUCUCCUUUGCUCUUGCAUUAACUGCUCUUGUUGCUUUUCAUGGCCAAGAUCUCAGCUGAGAAGUUAUGUUAGUAGUAAUUAUUUAUUAGAUUCCUAUGUUAUGGGAUCUAGCUUCUUGGAUGUAUGUAAAUAACUAGGUACUGAGGAUUACAUGUGCUAGCGGUUGGAUGGAGAUACUUUUGAAAUGAACUGGGAUUUCUUGGGGAUAGGAGCUUUGUCCCGGGAGCUGUGCUUUGUGCUAGUAAUGCCAAUCUGAGCCUACAGGCAGGAUCAGGGGCUGAGCAAGAUGAGCUCGGCAUGAGUAAAGGUAGCAGAUCUGAUCUUAGUUUAAGAAAACAGCUUCUUUAAGUUGCCCUUGAGAAAACUCUGGGUAUCUGGUAGUUGCUGCUGUCAAUGCACUAUUAUACACUGACACUGGUUUGGGAGGUAAAAAUUGUUUCCUGCAAGUGCUUUACAGUUUACUACACUUUCAGUUAAGGGUUUUAAAACAUGCAUGUGAUGCUAUUUUUGUGAAACUUAUUAUGUAUUUAUGAUAUCUAUUAAUCUCUUUGUAAUUAUUCAUGUCAUUUAAAUUUGACACGUUACUGCCCCAAGAUGUAGCUCUCUUUUCUGUACGAAACAUUGUACUUCAGGGCAAGGUUAAGACUCAGUUGUUAUGAGUUAUAUCUGGAUUUAAGAAACAGAAGAGUCAUGAAUCUCAAUUAAUUCUCUCUUGCUUGCUCUUUUUGGCUUUCCCAUCUGUUAUGGCUCUGCUGAAAAAUACCUGCAAACUGCAAAAUUUGGUCUGAUGUAAAUUUAAAGAAUCAUUUAAGCCGUUUAUGUUUUCAUGGACUCAUUUUCUUUCAGUGAGCUUUUCCAUCUCCAUAUAAUUACACAUUCUUUAAAAGUCUUGUGUUUUCAUCUGACUGGAAUGGAAUGGAAUGGAGAGAGGUGUUUUCCUGGUGGCUUUGUUGGGGACAGCGCUUGCGUUGGAUAACUCAAGUAAACAAUCGGGACCAUAUUUUCACUCAGCCCCUGCACAUUCAUGAUCUUAGCCAUACGGCUUCACCUCAUGGCUCUUUAGGAUGGGGACAGUUUGAAUUGUUUUAUUACAGGAAAUGUAUGUCAUGAGCAUAUACAUCAUGAUCUUCAUUAUAUUGAUGACAGUUUAAGAGUUAAAAGCCUUUAAAAGAACAUGCCAUGAGUGCUUUCUUCCCAUGGAGAUAGAUCAGUGAGUGCGUAAUCUUGGAAAGAAGCUGAGAAACCAGAUUUUCUCUCUGGAGAUGGGAAAAGACCCCAAGGGUAAAAACGGGCAAUCCGUUUUGAAAGGGCAGAUCAAGCUCCAACUUCAGAGUUGGGCAGAACUUGAUUCUCAAAAACAUCCCCAGGGUCCGUGCUUGCCUGCAAAGGGGGACACGGAGAAACCGUCAAAGCGGCAAAAAUACAAAUGAUGGGCCAGGCAGGUAAAAGAAAUGACAAACCACAUUGUGGUCAAAUACGGGCCCUUCUCAUGCUGGUAGUGAUCUGAAAAAAUGGCAGCAAAAUGGAGCCUUCGGGAAGAAAAGGCAAAAGGAGAAUCUUGUGCAGACCUUCAAGAUUGAAUACAAACAGAGAUUUGAGACUAUGUCAAAUAUUUCAUCUUGCAAUAAGUUUAUAAUAUGCUGAAUUAAUUCCUGGGAAUUGGCAGUAGAGCUCUUCUCACAGCAAACACAAGAUCUGCAGCAUACUAAUAUGAAAUGGGACAUACAUUUUAGAGUUAAGUAUAGCUAUAUAAGUGUUCAAAAUGUUUCUGUGUAUAUGCCAGCACUUUGAAAAAGGCCCUACGUGGCACACUUGGAAAUGGGCUCGUGUCACUCUUUAGAAACUUGUCCUCUGACUCUGCCACGGGAUUUAACUUCAUGUGAAUGUUAUGUUUAUUUCUUUAUUAUUUUAAGAAAAGUUUGGUUUGCUUCAACAGCAGUCUGAAAUCUUCAUCCAUAUGGCCUUGAUCUUGCUGCCUUUUUCAAAGCAUAUUUGUCUUCUAUGGGUUCUCCAGCUGCAAAAAUACAACAAUGUGAAUGUCUGCCCUGGGGUCAAAGUGAUGCUUCUGAGUGGGAAAUUCGACAACGUGCAUAUUUAUCCAGCUGAUAAACAUGUCAAAUAUAAGAGAUGUGUUUGACAAGAAGAUAGGAAGCCAAAUUUUGAGGACAUGGAGGCUUUCAGGUAUUUUUUUGGCAUAUCUCUAAGCAUCCAAGCUCAUAGUGAUGGAUGAUGUAAAAAUGUAAGGAAAAUACUUAUUUAUUAAUUCUCAGUCUUAGAAAUUGUCAGACAAUGCCUGUACUGAGAAUGGGGAAAAAUCCGAAAGCUUUCUUGUGAUCCUUAGUAAGAGUUUCUGCAAGUAAACACAGUGUAAAAAGUGGGAAAAGACUUAGAAGUUUGCUAAUUAUGAUUAGUCUCAUGAACACAGAAAUCAUACUUAAAAGUGUGCACACAUCAUUUGUUCUAAUGUAAUAAGCAAGAACUGUAUAAAAGUAAUUUUAUUGGGGGGAAACAGUAAUUAACCUAUCCUGUUAGGAUGAAACAGAUUUUUUACUGGAGCGAGUUGUGCUGGGGAUUCAAUCUUACCUUUGAUUAUGUGCUAUUACAUUAGGAAAACUGCAGUUCAGUCAAACUCAUCUCUCAUUCAACAGAUUUUCAAUUUAAUGUAGUAUGAGCUUAUUGAGCUCCAACUUGGUAUGAAGAUUGCUAAAGGUGACAUUUCAAAUAAACAUAAUUUUUCUGCCGCCUUUUCACAGCGCAGCUAGAACAAAUGAAUGACAGACAUGAAAUAAUCUCACUGUUAAGAAACAUGACUUGUAAAAUUUAAGUGUUUUGAGUAACAACAUCCCUAAUUUCUUUCACACUUGAUUAACUUUUAUAUUGUGCUUCAGGAAGACUUAAUUAUAGUGUGAAGCGACUCACUCCGCUCUGUUCGGCUCAGUUCUUGGUAGGAAGUGUUUAAGGUCUCUUAAAGUCUGUAGCGGCAAGAGCAGUAGAUGAAAAGCAAUUACUGGUGAAAAUGUAAACGUCACAAUUAGCAGGUAAAGACUAGUGUUUGGGAAAUGACUCUCAGCAUGAUGGAAAUAUACACCAAACCAAUAAUAUUGAUUGCAGGUUGCUGGCAAAAGAAAGGAGAUUGUCCUGGGUGAGCUGCCCCAGCCCCGCUCGGAGCCCGCAGCUCACACCAUGGGGCUAUUUGAACAACCGGGCAUUCCCAACCAGCACUAUUUAAUGAAAUAUGGGGCCUUUCAUAGAUUUUUAAGUCACAAGAAGUGACUUUGGUUCAAUGUGUGAUCUCUUCAAUGCACUGAACAAACUGUAGGCUGGAUAGGUUUGAUUCAUUGUUUCAAUGGGGAAAGGAAUUUAAUUUAAGAAGAGUCGCAAUAUUCAGUGCAGGAAAUUAUAUUUUAUGGUGUGGGAAAGCUUUUCUGUGACAUGAAAUUUCCUCAGACAUGAUCCCCAAACAGUAAAUAAGAACUU